AUGUUAUUUCGUCUAAUCAUCACUCUAUAUUCCAUUCAUCUAGUUCAUGCACCACAAAAAUGUGCAAUGAUAUCUAAAGGUGGUGCUACUGCAUUGCGUGUCAUGACAUACAAAAUUCGACUUGAUACUACUGCCGAUGGACCAAAUCAAUGGCAAUAUCGAAAAGCUAAUGUAGUUCAAUUAAUAAAAGAUCGAACACCUGAUCUGUUUGGCGUUCAAGAAGCUUUAGCUAGACAAAUGACGGAUUUGCAAACAGCAUUGCCUACCUACCGUCAUUAUGGUGUGGGUCGUGAUGAUGGUAAAACCAAAGGUGAAUAUUCAGCCAUAUUCUAUCGAGCUGAUCGUUUCGAUUUACUCAAAAGCGGUACUUUUUGGCUUUCGGAAACGCCAACCGUCGUUGGAAGUAAAGGAUGGGAUACAUCUAUAACGCGUAUAUGUAGUUGGACACAAGUUCGUGAUAAACNGUUCAAAUAA